UAUUAUGUCUUCUUGCUCGACCACCGAUUCAGAGCCUUUUGCCUUCUCGCAUUGAUCAUUUCCUGAAAAGCACCAAUGUCCGAUUCCUCAUCAAGAUCUCUAGUCGUAGCUUCCGAAACAGGUGAUUUCGAGGCCCAUCGAUUGACAACCGACUGACGGCGUUUUUCCUGAAUUUGAAAAUCGAUCUCCGAAUCUGCCCUCUCCUCAGAAAUUUCAGGUUGAGGUUUACUGCUCCAUCUGCUCACGAUUCUACUUUUACUUCGAUCUKUACAUUCCUUAGCUGAUGACAUGUCAUCUGUGUCCUUCGAAAAAGACUUGGCAAGCUUGGAUCCGGUUGGAUCCAACGGUGGUUUGAUAGGGGGAUCCCYUUUACUUGUCCAUCUCUGUGCGACGCGACUCUUCUUUUUCCCUCUCCCAACGCCAGAUUCUGAAUCGUCCCUGGUAUCUACAGAAAGCGUGGCACGAAGAUCUGACAAGGCCUGAUCGGGGACUGGAGUAAUACUCAUUGAGCGACGCUUCUGAAUAGCGCUCAGGAUAUCCCCGCGAUCGGAUUUUGUUCUCGCCUCCUCUGCUUCGUAAAUCUGUUGGAGUCGACUAUCUGGAUUCGACGACUUUUUGCCCGACACAAAAUCAUCAAUUUCCUUGUCUCCGGCAACCUUCAACAUUUCGUUCACCAUCAAGACAAUUGAUUUCUUCUCUCCCUCUUCAACUGGAACUGGAGGAGACAGUUUUGUUGACAGAUCGGGCUGAUCCUUAGCGAUAGUGGUUUUAUCUUUCUUCUUCGAUAGCUUAGACACAAUUGACUUUGCAGAUGAAACUGCAUUUUUCUUCUUUUUCUUCUUCAACGUUGCCUCCUUUCGGGCCAAAAUCCUCUGUUGCUCGUCAUACUUCCUKACGGAGUGAUCGAUAUUUGCAGCAAAACCUGCAAGAAUUUCCAACAGUUUACUCGUUUCGCGUUCGCCACCCUUCUCGCAGAAGAAAGAUGCAAGAUCCUUGCAUGCCUCAACAGCAGCGGCGCGAUCCGAUUCUAGUUUGGGCAAAAUGACAUAAUUAGC